AUGAACACGACCAACAUAGCACCUGUCGUUUGGAUCAACGGCUUUCCAGGCUGCGGAAAGCUUACCAUCGCCUCCGUCAUGAAGACCCUCCAUACCGACAUGAUCCUCCUGGACAACCACCAGCUGAUCGACCCCGUGGAAGCAAAGUUCCAACGAAGUCACCCCGAUUACCAGAAAGAACGCCAUCGGUAUCGGCAACACAUCUUCAGGGAAUACUCCGACAACGCACUAGGGCAAAAGGUUGCGGAAGAGUAUCGGGAAGCAGCGAGACAGGCUGGACGUCCGUUCAAGCCUGUCUAUAUUCUUUGCGAUGUCGAGGAAAACAUCAGGCGAGUUGCUGCUGCUGGACGCGUUGACGGUGGUACGAAGAAGCUCACUGAUCCUGAGCGUCUGAGGGGGUUCAGAGAGAGAUGCGACAUCUUUCGAUUUGAUGGCUGUGAUGGGUUAAGCCUCGACACGACUGAUAGUACGCCUGAAGAAGUUGCUAGGGAGAUACUGAGGUUUUUGGAGGAAAGAUGA